GCACGCGCGGCAAAGGCUUUCCGUCCGGCGCCGAGCUUCCAGCCUUGAAAACGCCUCCAGAGCAUAAAUCACAGCGCGCGUCCUCGCGUUCGGUCCAUGUCUGUCCGCCGUCUGAAUUCUCGUUUAGAUUCCCUCCCGCAUCGGAGCACAAGGGCUAAAACGGAAGCUUAAAUCUCUCGGGCCAUGUCGAGGGCCUCCCCAUGAAGGCACUGCCAGCAUGGAGAGUUCAUCGGAUGCUCGCCGCUUGAGCAAGACUGUGUGCCUCUUGUGUCGGCAAAGAAAGAUCCGGUGCAACCGAAAGCUUCCAAAGUGCGAGAGUUGCACACGCGCUGCUGUGGAAUGCCAGUACAUCGCCGUGAGGAAUAGGCCUGGCCUGAGGGCUGGCUAUGUGUCGGAGCUUGAAGAGAGGCUAGCCAAGCUCGAACGGGAGGUGCAGCUGUUGAAGGCAGAUCGACCUGUGGGUCCAGCAUCGAUGGUAGACGUGAACAGCGUAGCGACCUCGAGUUCAUCCGACCAUUCGAUCCAGGAUGCACCCGCAAGCAUCGCCCACAUCAGCCCACGGAGUGCGAGAUGUUCUCCGUCCGAUUUCGACCCACUAUCAUCUGGCAUCCUUGACGAACUGUGUAGGGCAUGGUUCGAGAAGUACCACCCAUGGUUUCCAAUCCUGCAUCAGCCGUCCCUUCUUGAAGUCCUCCAAACUUCGCCGAUUCUUGCCAGCACUGUCCAUUACAUCGUCUUCAAGGCGGUUGCGGCUGUCACUAUACCCCACUCUUACCACUCCGAUUCCUUGACCAAUGAUCAAAGACGAACGCUCUCAGAUGACCUGCGUAGCCAGGUCGUCAUGGAGGCGAUCAGCCAGCUAUCGCUCCAAUCGCUCCAGGCCGUUCUAAUCUUGACGAUUCGAGACUAUGGAGCAGGCCGAUUGAGUGAGUUCUGGAACCUGAUAGCGUUGGCGAAGCGCAUGGGUACCCAACUUGGUCUUCGAGACUUAGUCGCAAACCAAUGUGACAACUUCCACCAAAUAUCUACGAUCCCGCCGCGCAUGUUGCCACUGCCGAACUCACUAGUCAACAGAGAAGAGAAAAUCCGAGCGUAUUGGAUGACCGAAGUGCUUGACGGCUCGUCGACAGUCGGUGCAGCCUGGAACCUCAACAUCUCGAGGCCAGAGAGCACGGGCCUUCUUCCAUGCAGCGAUACCAUCUGGUCGUUUCCGGAGGCCGUCAUCAGCGCCUGGUCGUUCGGUGACUUUGAGAUGUCUUCGGCGUACUCGCUUUACGUGAUGCUCGUCACGAACGAACUCUACCAUGUCCACCGCUUCCUGCAGCAGUCAUUCGAUACGCAAUCCGCCACUGAACGUGUUCAAUGGCAAAACGAAUGCAGGGCGGUUGACGAGGGCCUGAUCGCCUGGCGAGUGAAGUUCGCCGCAGCACAAGUACGAAUGAACGCUGAGCAUGGAGGUUCAUACGACCCUAAUAUCAUUCUGACACACUGCGCGUUGGACCUAGCCACCAUAUCUCUAUACCAAAGAUUAGCACUCCCGCCAUCGGGCCUGGAAGAGGCGCAAGGCCCAUGGUAUCAUGCCAUUCAACGCUGUCUAGACGCAUGCGACAGCAUCACCAACGUGCUGCGAGCCAUGCACGAUAUGAAUCUAGAGAACAUCAGCCCGCUCAUCAUCUCUUGCAUAUUCGUCGCAGCCAGAUUCUUCCUAGUCCACGCCAAACUCCUCAACGUCGAAAUCCCCCGAAACCUCGACCUCUUGGUUUACAGCCUGAAAACCUGUGGUCUCCGAUGGUCGUACGCACGACGGCUUGAGAAAGUGAUACGCACCGCGACUGCAGACCACAAGCUUCCUUCGUCCAUGUCAUCGCUCCCCGUGCAGUUCUACGACUUGCAGUAUUCCUACCUGGACAUUGAUGAAGCGCUCCGGGUCUGGGCAGAGGGGCUCGAGCCGUGGAUGCAUCUUGCGGGGCUCGAACAUCCCGCGCUCGAUCAGAAUGCUAUACUGAUGCCCAACGUUAAUCUAGCGACUGGUAUGGCGAGCGCGGAUGACGCGACGUUCUUACCCGAUACUGCUCAGUUGGCCCAGGCUUGAUCGCGUUGCCGUAAAAAUGGAC